GUUUCAUAUUGGUUCCAUGAAGUCUGGACCUGUCCUGUCACAGAAAGAAAUAAAAUACCAUGAACCAGAAUACUGGAAAUUUGGUGAGGAUGGAAAUAAGUACUUUAGGCAUGCGACAGGGCAAAUAAAUGCGCUCUCCAAGGAUUUGGCUACAUAUAUUUCAGUUAAUCGGCACAUACUUCAUAAAUAUGCAAAUGAAGAUGUCUCUUUGGGUUCUUGGUUUAUCGGCCUUGAUGUUGAGCACAUUGAUGACCGGAGCCUCUGCUGUGCGACGCCCCCUGAUUGCGAGUGGAAGGCUCAAGCUCGAAAUCCUUGUGCUGCAUCCUUGGACUGGAGCUGCAGUGGCAUUUGCAAAUCAGUGGAAGAAUGGAGGAGGUGCACCAACGCUGUGGGGAGGGCGAUGAGGCUAUCUGGCACACCAGUUUCUGAGACAAGUCGCUGUCCAUUGUACUAUAUGUGA